CUGUCUUCAGUGGCGCGUCGGGAAGGUGGCGAGAUUGCGAUGAGAGUGAAGGGGAAACGGUUACGGUGGUCUGGGAGGAGAGCGGGGGUUAUGAAGAGGGAGGCGAUGGUGAAACCACUGGUAGAGGGUAAGGGGCUGCGGCGGAAGAGGGCCCGUGACACCGACUCCGGCAGGCGCCAAUCAGGAAUCUGCCAUUUGAAGGAGCACCCCACCUCUGUGAUUCCAAAGUCCACUAAAGUUUGAGAAGCGCCAAUUGUCUUUGUGUAUGGACUUCCCCGAUCCUGGGAGCAGGACCUUACUUGUCCCUGCGUGUGCCUAUCCCCGGCUACUAGAUAAAGAAAAAGGGAAGGAAAAGCUGGAGGAAGAUGAGGCUGCAGCAGCCAGCACCAUGGCCGUCUCAGCCUCCCUCAUGCCGCCCAUCUGGGACAAGACCAUUCGUACGAUGGCGAGUCCUUUCCACCUGGAGUACAUGGACCUGGAUGAGUUCCUGCUGGAGAACGGCAUCCCCGCCAGCCCCACCCACCUGGCCCAGAACCUGCUGCUGCCCGUGGCCGAGCUAGAAGGGAAGGAGUCAGCCAGCUCUUCCACAGCAUCCCCACCAUCCUCCUCCACUGCUGUCUUUCAGCCUUCUGAAACCGCGUCCAGCACAGAAUCCUCCCUGGAAAAGGAGAGGGAGACACCCAGUCCCAUUGACCCCAACUGUGUGGAGGUGGAUGUGAACUUCAAUCCUGACCCAGCUGACCUGGUCCUCUCCAGUGUCCCCGGUGGGGAGCUCUUCAACCCUCGGAAGCACAAGUUUGCAGAGGAGGACCUGAAGCCCCAGCCCAUGAUCAAAAAGGCCAAGAAGGUCUUUGUCCCCGAUGAGCAGAAGGAUGAAAAGUACUGGACGAGACGCAAGAAGAACAAUGUAGCAGCCAAACGGUCCCGGGAUGCCCGGCGCCUGAAGGAGAACCAGAUCACCAUCCGGGCAGCCUUCCUGGAGAAGGAGAACACAGCGCUGCGGACGGAGGUGGCUGAGCUGCGCAAGGAAGUGGGCAAGUGCAAGACCAUCGUGUCCAAGUAUGAGACCAAGUACGGGCCCUUGUAACCCGUGCCCCUGCUUGGGCAGCACUGCCUGCACCUCAGACCUCUGCCUGGGGGCUCCCUGAAACCCCACACACGCGUGGAGACUUAUGACUCGUCACGGUCGAAUGGUGGCACACCUGCUCCAGGAGCGUUCACGUUCAAGCUUCAUUAUCACACGGCCAGCGCACGUGGCGACUUCUCUGGGGGGCCAGCCUCCUCACCAGUGGGGAUGCGAGAGAAUCUACGUAGACGGGUGAAUCAGCCUUAGUUUCUAUUCUUGGAUGUCCCAGUUGAAUCGGAAGGGGACCUCUGGGGUACAGAUCUCCUUUCACAGGGCGCUCAGGCUUCCCUGACUCUCCCUCGGUCUCCGGCCUAGGCCAUCGAGCCUUUCUCCACAGAAUGAGUCGUGACCCUUGUCGCCCGAUGUCUUCUCAGGUAGCGGGGCGCAUUUCCAGGUGGGGUGUGUCUGUCAUCCACCUCACCCUCCCCAGAAAGUCAUUGAGAGAAGCAUCCGUUCCCAUCCCCCUCAGAGGUAGAAAGACACAGCAGCUCCUCCAUAGUGUCCACAUGGGUGCCAGGCCACAGGAGCAGGGUCUCUGCACAACCUGGGAUGGGGUGUGGGUCUGGGGCCUGCAGCACAAGUGCACCCAGCUAUUCUUAGCUCCCACACCCCUUUUCUCCUGUGGCUCUGAGGCCUGGAAGCCAGGGAGGAGGCCCUGGUGAUGGUCUCUCUCCACUUUCCAUUUGCUUUGGAGGAGGGACUCCCUGGGCGGCUGGUCUUCGAGUCUUGACCACAGUGCAGAGGGAGGCCUUCUCAUUGCCUCUUCUCCAGGUCGGUCACUCAUGGAGGCCACCUGAAACUUCUUUGUCCCACUACACUGGGCCUCUGGGCCUGCUGUUUCUUUUCACCCAGUGACCACGCUCAGAUCUUGGAUUUAAAAGGAAAACCCCCCUCGCCUAGGAAGCUUAACUUCCUGGAGCCAGGAUGCACCUUCCGCAUGGUGUUUAGAAAACCGGCCUCCAUAGCCCCUUACACUGUGGGCGGAGAGCUGGGGCAUGUUUCUCAAGAAGUUCCUGUUUUUUCUUGCUCUGCUCUCCAGUAUGGGCCAGGCCAGAGUCCAUUUUCCCUAAAAACAGAAGAGGGCUUCCCAGUUCUUGCUUCAGGACCCCUCCCCCGUGCUAGCUGCCCGGAGUGUCAGCCGGCAGGACCUGGUGAGGGAUCACCAGGAGCACAGCUCAGCUCUUGCACGGAAUAGCAGCCUCUUGGGCCGUGCAGUUGGGCUAGGGUCCCUUCUGUCUGCAUCCCAGGAGACACGGGCCACCCACACAGGCCUGGCUGUGGUGUGGAGGGGAGGGGUCUUCGCAGCUGUGGCUCUGCUACCUCACAGCUGCUCCUUUCUCUUGUGUCGGCGGACUCAAGUCGUCCUUUUUCUGUACCUGGAAGAUUGAGGAAAGCCGUGGAACCCUCUGCUCACUGUGGUCAGCAGGGGUACCUGGAGAUGGGUGUAUUUAUUUGCUCAGGGCAGGCAGCCUGUGGUAAAGAGGGGUCAGAGGUGAGAGGCGCACUUUGUCGUGCUUAACCACUGGCUUUAUUUAAAGUGGUGGCUCCGAGUCCAGGCCCUGACCCUAAAAGACUUUUCAUAACAGAUGUUAAGACCGGGGAAAACCAUGCACUGGCCAUGGGCCACACCCCAGGAGAAUGCCACGGCCCUCUGGGGACCUGCACACCUGCCCUUCCAGGGUACUUGACAAGGGUCCCCGAGGCCAAGGGAGGCCGCCCCCCUCCCUCUUGAUUUUUACUUUGUGGUUCUAUAAAAACCGUGUUCACUUUCACUGUAUUGUAACCACAACAGGGCCGUUGCAUCCGGCAUGUCUGUGUCCUGCCCCGGGCAGCUCGCCCGCCCGGGCACUCUCUCUCUGGUCUGGCUACCCACCAAGAGGGCAGUUCUCACUUUGUAAUUGGUAGAAGAGCCUCCAGCUUAAAAGCUCUUCAUUUUCUUUGGCCAGAAAGUAUAUGGCUCGUGUUUGUUUUGUUUUGUUUUGUAUUUUUAAGGAUGGACAUUCAAUCUCCGGAUGGUGUCCAUGUUCCGACCCCAGCGGGUGGAAUGAUGGCCUGGUGUCUCUCCUCUUUGUCUCACCUUCUGCCUGUUCAUUGCCCUCCCUUUCUUCCCCGCCAGGCAGUGGGUGUCUGGUUCCUUCCCAAAGUGCUUACUUGGAAAGAGUGUGGCUGCUGACCUCUUUUAGAAGAGCUCCUUUGAAUUGGGAGCCUGGCAGGGACAAGAAGGAGGGGUCCACAGAGGUUGACAUUUUGAGGAAGAGGAGUGCUCAGGUAAAGCAUGUAUCCUUCCCAGGCCUAAAAAUCGGGUGCUUGGAGCAGGAGAGGCCUGCUGCCUGCUCAGUAUCCCGUCAGGAAUUGAGAGUCUCCUUGACUCUCUCCUGGACCCUUUCCGUCUUGGGGCUGACAGCCAAAGAGUGAGGCUCCUGUGCUCAGACCUUUGACGUCUUUUAAGAAGCACUGGAGGCUAGGGAAGCCAGCUAAACGGCUUUCCUUGGGUUUAUGAUAGCUUGGGGAGUGCAUGCCUUCCUAAGCUCCCUGUCUUCAGCUUCAUGGCAGCCUCAUUGCAACCUCAGAACAGACAAACCAAGAAUGAGCUAGAAUGUUGAAAGAAUAUACAUAUAAUAAAUGUAUAUCUAGAUAUAUAUAUAUAUAUAUAUAUAUAUAUAUAUAUAUAUAUAUAUAUAUAUAUAUAUAUAUAUAUAGAGAGAGAGCUUUCAUGAUGGCUAGCACCUUGUGGAGGACCUGGGUAACUCGUACCCUUGGCCAAAGGAAGAGGUUUGCCUGUCCGGGUCCUGAGGUUGGGGAGGACACUUGGCAGUGACCCUGGACUCUGGGUAAGCAUUGCCCUGUGAAGGGGGCUGCUGUGGCCCCAGGCAGGCAGCUCAUACAGUCCUCUAGCCUGAGGCGGGGUAGCAGGCCUGGGAACCAGCAGGGGAGAGCCCCUUCGUGCUGGGCAGCUCUCCAUCCAGGCCCCUGGGGGCUCUGCUCCAGGUGACACAAAGGGCCAAGAACCCCUGGUUUUCGUGGCAGAGCCCCACCCCAGAGCUCCUUUGACAUCUGUUAAUUAAGUGCAAUAAAUUUUUCUAGAAAAUGGCAAAGAUGACUUCCAGGUGGAUAUUGCUAUCAUAUGGUGUUGGGGAUGCCAGAACACCACUUGGUUUUAUUUUUCUAAGUGCAUGUGACAGAGUGUGUGGGGCUCUGCACCCUCCCCUGGGAGCUGGCAUUCCAGCGGGCCCCUCGCCCCUUUACCUUUGGUGGGGGAAGGAGGCAAGGAGAAAACCCCUUCUUCCCAGUUGGAGAGGGCAGAAGCAGACUGUAGCCCAUUGGCCUUAUGUGCGUGUGUGCGUGCGAAUGUGUCAGUGCUGGUGGGCCGGAGUGAUGUGGCAGGGAGGGAAGCCGGGAAUGUAUCCUUUUCCAAACAAAAUUAAAUAUUUUGAGAUGAGAA